UAGCGGACCGACGCACGCAUAACCUCAAAUUCGUCGCGACUGUCGAGAGAAUUGCUUUCGCACGCGACAAUUGUGAGACAUUCCCGACGAUCUCGCGGGGAUAUGAGUUGUCGUUAUAAAGACACGCGAUAGCCCCGAGAAUGGCCGCGCCUUAUCUAGGCGUGAGCGACAUUGUUCAUCUGAACGUUGGCGGCACCAGAUUCUCCACCUCCCGUCAAACUCUGACAUGGAUCCCGGAUUCCUUCUUCACGGCGCUGCUGAGUAACAGAAUCGACAGUCACAAGGAUGAGACUGGGGCGCUUUUCAUCGACCGAGACCCGAAGCUGUUCUCCAUUAUAUUGAAUUACCUCCGUACGAAGGACAUUGAUCUGAAAAAUGUAGAUAUACGGACUUUAAGGCACGAGGCCGAGUACUACGGCAUCACUCCCUUAGUUAAACGAUUGAUACUCUGUGAAGAUUUAACUCAGUCAUCCUGUGGCGACGUACUGUUUUAUGGCUACUUACCACCGCCAAGUAUACCACUUCAAGAACCUGUGGCGGUGACAUCAAAUGUCAGUGACGUAUCAGUUCAUAUUAGAGUCAGCUCCACUUCAAACUCCUCUACAAGAGUCGAUGGACCGUCUACCUCGCAAUCUGUGACAACCACGAACUCUACUAAUCAAAGUGUCAACGGCCCACAGAAUCACAAAGGGGCACUAGGGACGCAUAUGAGAAAUUCCUCUUUGGACUAUCGACUGCCGCAACGCGGACUUCCGCAUUCUCGCACGCCAUCUCUAGAUCUGAGACACGCCAGGAACAACUCGGCUGAUCUGAAUAAAUUGUAUAAAAACGAUAUCGGCCUAAUAUUUGGAUCGCAGCAAGUUUCGUCAUGGGUGGACCCUCUCAGAGUGCAAAUCAUAAAGGCGCAUCACAAUUGGAUAGUGAUCGCCUACGCGCACUUCAUCACGUGCUAUCGGCUGAAGGACUCGUCCGGGUGGCAGCACGUGUUCACCAGUCCGCACAUCGAGUGCAUAAUCGAGCGCGUGGCGAUAAACGCGAAGAUGGGUAGCGGCGCGGACGGUAAGAUGGUUGCGAUCUCUUAUGGCAGUCAAGUAAGGCUCUGGGGUGUGUCCGAGGAAGGGAUCAAGAUCAACGUGGGCACGUUCAAUUUGAACGUGCGUGUAGAAUACUUGUUCUUCAUCGGCAGCCAGUUGGUCGCGUUGUCGCCGACCGGAAAAAUCGGCGUGUGGCACGCGAUGACUCAUCAUUGGCAGAUACAGGACGUGGUGCCCAUCCUGUCGUUCGACACGGCUGGAUCUUUCCUUCUGUUGGGUUGCAAUAACGGCUCGAUUUAUUAUAUCGACAUGCAAAAGUUUCCUUUGCGAAUGAAGGAUAACGACCUGCUUGUGACCGAGUUAUACCGUGAUCCGAGUUACGAUCCCAUAACUGCGAUAUCUGUGUAUUUGACGCCGAAAACUACACAAGGUCUCUGCGGAAAUUGGAUAGAAAUCGCCUAUGGCACGAAGUCCGGAAGUGUCAGAGUAAUCGUCCAGCAUCCCGAAACUGUUGGCCACGGUCCGCAGCUAUUCCAAACCUUUACAGUCCAUCAGAGCAGCGUAACCAAAGUGACACUCUCCGAAAAAUACUUAGUGUCGGUUUGCUCGGAGUAUAACCACGUCAGAAGUUGGGCGGUGACCCGAUUCCGCGGAAUGAUUUCUACACAACCGGGAUCGAUGCCCGAGGCAAGCUUCAAAAUUGUAUCUUUGGAAGCAAUCGAUUCGUGCGUUAGCUACACCGCUGGCAACGAUUUUGGACCAUUCGGUGAGCAGGAUGACGAGCAAGUAUUCGUGCAGAAGGUCGUGCCCGAAACCGAUCAGUUGUUUGUGCGAUUAGCGUCGAAUGGGAAAAGAGUUUGCGUAAUACAGUCAGUCGAUGGCAGCAUCAUAAGCUCAUUUUACGUACACGAGUGUGAAGGUUCUAGUCGCAUGGGCUCAAGGCCCAGACGUUUCAUAUUCACUGGUCAUUCUAACGGCACCAUUCAAAUGUGGGAUCUCACAACGGCAUUGGAUCCGUCUUUCAAUGCCACUCGAGAUACCUCCGGUGGACCUACGCCAGAAGAACUUUGGAAGUUGUUGGAUCAAUGUGACCUGAGCAACAGCCAUUGCUCAACGCCUUGCAUCAGUCCGUCUCCUUCGUUACUCGCGGCUGGACCUAAGAUUAAGUCAAGCAACGUAUUAUUUCUCAAUCAGUCGCAAAAUCCAGACCCAACGCCUGGACCAAGUCAAACGUAAGGAUGCGCCUGAUCGAGGUACGUCGUGCCAAAGUGGCACGCAAUCAGAAUCUGCAUUUAUUUAAUUAUUUAUUUAUUAACGAGCCGCUAUGAACCGUCAAAAAGUCUGUAGCCAUAGUUCCUAAAACGCCAUCUUUGCAUUUUCAAUAUGUAUAAUGAGACCGGAGUUCACUAUUUGUUUAUUUAAACAGUGCAAUUUUAAAAAUAAUAUAGCAAAAUAACAUGACUGCAUUUAUAAACUCUAUAGCCAUUAUUGUUGAAAUCAUUAUUUUUUUUAGUAGGGAAUUGCACUCGUGCGUAAAAAUAUGUAUGAUAUAUAUUAAAUUAUUUUUUU